AUGUUACCGCUGGUGUUGGCCCGCUGCCUCAAAGUCGUGUUCUUAGCCGCCGUACUCGCCACGACCACGGUGACGGCCGCGACAGCGACGACGGCAAGGACACCGACUUGUCCUACUGCGUGCAGCUGCAAAUGGAGCGGAGGAAAACGCACUGCCGAGUGCGGAGGACUCUCUGGUUCUGUGCCAGACCACAUCCCACCAGACACUCAGGUGCUCAACCUGACAGGAAACGUUCUGCAGACCCUUCCAGGAAGGCAGUUCCAACAGGCCCGCCUGCUACACUUGCAGCGAAUCUACUUGUCACGCUGCGGAAUAGUGCAGAUGGCCGAUGACGCCUUUGGUGGACUCAGCAACCUCGUGGAGCUCGACCUGAGUCACAACUUUCUGACGGCGGCGCCAAAGCUGGCGGCGUACUGCGGUCACCUCCGAAGACUACAGCUGAGCUCGAACCCCAUCCAGAGGCUCGGCGGCCACAGCUUCAAGGGACUGCGGACUUUGGUGUCUCUUGAGCUAAGUCACUGUCAACUGGCUUGGUUGGAGGGAGACACCUUUGCGGACUUGGAGACAUUGGAGUUACUAAAGUUAGACGGCAAUAGGCUGAGGACGUUACCGCCAGAAGGGCUGCAGUUGCCGCCCCUGAACUCGCUUGACCUGAGUGACAAUCCGUGGAGGUGUGACUGCAACCUUCGUGAGUUACGGCGCUGGAUGCAGCUGCACAAUGUGCCGCUUUCCGUGCCGCCGAAAUGUGAUGCACCCGUGAGACUUGCACAGUUGUCGUGGACCCAACUGGAGCCAGAUGACUUCGCGUGCGCUCCACAGAUCACCGCUUCUGAUCUGCGUGUAUACGCCAUCGAAGGGGACAACGCCACACUCCGCUGCAAUGUGGACUCCCUGCCAGCGGGCGAAGUUCGCUGGUUCUGGCGCAGCCGGCCAAUCGCCAACCUGUCUCUCAUGUCCUUCGGCCGCCAGAUGUACCUCCUCCGCGCCAAAGACGCCGGCCGCCACCAAUCCAGCACGAUGACCAUCAUCAACGUUAUGCUCAAGGACAGCGGCCGCUAUCUCUGCAUUGCUGCCAACCGUGCCGGCAACCAGACAGCAAACGUCACCCUCCUGGUGCGACCUAGAUCCGCAGACCUUGGAGCACUGUCCGCACCUGAGAUCGGAGGCAUCAUUCUGGGACUGAUAGUUCUGCUGGCGCUGGUGGCGGCUUCGGCCUGCCUGCUGGCCGUGCGACGUCCUCAGCAAGGUCCUCGGGCGGCAAAGGAGACCCAGAUGAGGCUAGAGUCACUCCUCUUGGAAUCGAAGCAGCAAACAGACCCCGAGUGCUUUCCAGCAGGAGGGGAAGAACAGUCCGGAAGUCCGGCGCCAUUGCUGGGGACCAAGCGGACGUCGACGACCAAGUCAAAUAUCGUGGCAGCCGUGCUUCGAGGGGAAUACAAGGCUCUUCGAGGGACGGGGUCCAGGGCGUAUGUGGACGUCGCUGGUGAAGGUGGUGGUGGUUGUGUUGUUUGUGACGGCGUGGUAACGGACGCGCUUCGCGUGUCCGGGAAUCUGCAUUCGCCGAGGCACGAGCCGGUGUGUGCGACUCGGAAAAGACCUCACAGCGCGCUUGUGGCAAACCCGCUUUGUCCUGGGGCGAGGGACUCACCGGACGAGGGACUUGGCGAUGAGAGAGAGUACGAGACGGACAUUCUCGACUGACGGGUAAGGUCAAUAUUUGUCGAGUCAAUGUUUUAUCAAUAUCUGAUUCGCACAAUCU